CUAAUAAAUAUGAUUUUUUGCGCGGUUUUUUUGGAGUCGCUUCUAUGAAUAAUGAUACAUAGUUUAUUUACGUAAUAGUCAGUAAAGCACUGGGCAUCCGCGUCAGUGGUCAAAUGCUCAAUUUAAUUGUAGUUUUGUGGAAUAAUGGGACAUGGGAAAUGAUUUUGGCUUAUAAACAAGCAGGAAGAGGACUGUUAAAUUAAAUUAGUAAAUUAUUAGUUGAAAAAACAGACUGAAAUAUGCGUUUCGAGUGUUUUAUAGUGUGCAUUUGGAUUUAUUUAGUGAAUGUUUGUGGCGUGCACAUCUCCAACCUGAACGAGGCAUGUUUCCGCUGCCUCUGCCACGUGGUGGGCUGCGACAUGUCCCAUGGCUGCAGUGGGGGGUACUGCGGGCCCUUCUACAUCUCUAGGGUCUACUGGGUGGACGCCGGGAAACCCACGCUACCAGACGAUGAUGCUAACAGGACUGAAGCAUUUCAAGACUGUGCGCGUGAUUACUACUGUUCGAUAAGAAUAGUGGAGAGCUACAUGGCAAAGUUCGGGAAAGACUGCAACAACGACGGUGUUACCAACUGCUACGACUACAUGAUGAUCAACUACCACGGCGGCGCCGCGUGCUCAAUGCCGCUCUACCUCACCGUCGGCGGCUUGCGGUGGCUCGACAGAUACAAACAGUGCAAAUUCUAAAUUUAAAAUACAUUAUACAGUCAAAAUUAUUAUCUGCCAUUCAAAAUACGUUUCUUCUAAAUUCGAAGAUUUUGAGAGUUGCUGUGGGGUCCACAGAUGUAUGCAAUACAAAUUUCUUAAUUCAAAAUACAUUCUACAUUUAAAAUAUCUAUCUAUUUAUUAGCUUAAAGAAGCGUAUAGCAAGAAAUGCAAAUUCAAAAUAUCCUAGUCCAGGUGGCUCCACAGAAUACAUGACCCAAGGCGAAGGGCUAGCAAUUGCAACCUUCAAUAUCUAAAUCUUAAUUCCAUCAUAAAGUCAUCUAGCUAAACGUGACCUUUGUAUCAUUCGAACACUAUUGGCUCUAUCUACCCCGAAAAGGAUAAAAAAAUGAUAAUGUAUCAAUGGAAUUAUUCAAAUCAAAAAUGUAA